GUUGUCUUCGGCAUUAUCAUCUUCGUGGCUUCGGCCUUUUUCCAACACCCGUUUCUCGUGCCCAUCCCGAGAGACAACACCUUCGUCUACAACAGUAGUGACCCUAAUCAGCCUGUUGUCUUCGCCAACUUCACUGGAAUGAACUGGUCCACGUUGACCAGCAACUUCUACUCUAACUAUACCAAGGACUAUGCAACUGGCAACGAGAUGAAUUUCCUCGUUCUCUUCGCCGUCCUCUUCUCAGGUCUGACCGGCAUCAUGAACGGAGCUAACAUGUCUGGUGCGUUUAAUGAUGAUUGGUAA